CCCUUCCCCCAUAUUGAAACUCUGACUGUUUUAAAGAGUUUAACCUCAGUUCUGACUGAUGCCUCAAGAAAUUUCUAAUUUUAUAUUCUUAACAACAACAGAAGCACUUAAAAUAAUUUUGAUUAUGGAUGCACCAAUACUUCGAUGACUAUACUGAUAACUAAUAUCAUAAACUGGUUUGAGACAAAUAUCUUUCUCAUAAUUUCAGAUUCUACAUGGUCACUGUGUUAGCUUCCACCUUUUCCUCCGAAAUAUGCAAAACCAAAGCUUUGUAACUGAGUUCAUCCUCUUGAGUCUUUCAUGGAAUCCAAGUGUUCAAAAAAUAGAAUUUGUUCUAUUUUUGUUCUGCUACAUUGCAACUGUUGGGGCCAACUUGCUAGUUGUGGUGACCAUUGUCAAAAGCCCGACACUCCUGGGAUCCCCUGUGUACUUCUUUCUGGCCUUCCUGUCCUUCCUGGAUGCCUGCUAUUCCUCUGCAUUUGCACCAAAGAUGAUUGUGAACUCUCUCUAUGAGAAGAAAACCAUCUCCUUCAAGGGCUGUAUGACCCAGCUCUUUGCUGAGCACUUCUUUGCUGGAGUGGAGGUGAUUAUCUUCACCACCCUGGCCUACGACCGCUAUGUGGCCAUUUGCAAGCCAUUGCACUACCCCUUUAUCAUGAACUGGAGGCUCUGUGGUAUCCUGAUGGGGGUAGCCUGGACAGGGGGCUUCCUGCAUUCUGUGAUACAAAUUGUCUUUAUUUUCCAGCUGCCCUUCUGUGGCCCCAAUGUUAUUGAUCACUUCCUACAUGAUUUGUACCCAUUAUUGAAGCUUACCUGCACUGCCACUCACAUCCUUGGCCUUUUUGUGGUUGCCAAUAGUAGGUUUAUCUGCACCAUAAUCUUCUCCUUGUUGCUCAUCUCCUAUUGUGUCAUCUUGCUUUCGCUAAAAACUCAUAGCUCUGGAGGACGGUGGAAAGCUCUCUCCACCUGUGGAUCUCACAUUGCUGUUGUGGUUUUAUUCAUUGUCCCAUGCAUAAUUGUGUAUGCCCGACCUCCGUCUGCUUUCUCCUUCGACAAGAUGGUGGCCAUAGUUUACACCUUCGUAACUCCCUUGCUCAAUCCUUUGAUUUAUACUUUCAGGAAAAAGGAAGGGAAAAAUGUGAUGAGGAAAUUAUGGACCAGAUUGCUGGGUGUCUGGUGAAAAAUAAAACUUAAAAAUUUAAAUUUGAAGAGGAAAGAAAUAAAAUGCACUUAACCAAAUACUUUAUAGGGGCUGGAACUUGUAAGGCAGAACGUAAUGUACUGCCACAGAAAAAUUCUAACGAGUAGGUCAGGAAAUGCUAUUACCACCCUCAGAUCACUCACAUCUUGGAGUUGGCAGCUCAGUAUCCUUAUAGGUAAUCAAAGGAGAAUUGAAUUUUAUGUUUGUCUAGAAUAUAGUAAUGAAAAGAAAUCACUAAAAAAGAGGAUUCAGGUUAUCUAUUAAACUUUUUGCCAUUGACACCAUACUUUGAAAAACCUUUAUGGAAAGAAGAAAAAAAAUCUUAGAUAUCAUUAAUAGGAACUUCCUGAAACUAUUUUAACUAAAAAAAAGUUUACUUUACGGUCCUGAUCCCAGUUAAGCAGCCCUGGUGGCAUAGUAGGUAAGCCCUCAGCUGCUGACAUAAAGUGUGAUGGUUUGAAACCACCA